AGCCAAUAGGAACCAAACGACUCAUCAAGCUCAUUGUAUUUUUGAUCUACACCGCUACUUUCUGUAUCCACUUUUUCCCAAAAAGCGGCACCAAACAGUGCUAACCAAUCCCCACAGUGUGAUGAGCUAAAAAUACCCUUCACUUUCCACAUGUUCCUACUGACUCCCUCAAAUUGAAAAAGUGAAUCUUGUUAACUCUUUUUUUGGCCACUGAACAGUCUUACUUCUUUGCUUAGCCUGCCAGAAAUGGAUCUGCAUCUGUUACUUACUAUUUGAUUGUCUUUCAAGAACCCCAGUUCAGUAUAUCAGAAAUCUUGAAGUGGGUAUUUCUUGUUUUUUGUUAAAAAUAAAGCCAACAAAAAAAAAAGGUACUUGGGAUUUUUUUGAGUGUUUUUCAGGAAUCCCAGUUGAGUAGAGCAGAAAUCUUGAAGUGGGUAUUUCUAGUUUUUUGUUAAAAAUAAAGCAAAAAAAAAAAAAGGAGCUACUUGGGAUUUUUUUUGAGUGUUUUCAAGAACCCCAGUUGACUAUUAGCAAAAAUCUUGAAGUGUGUUCUUUUUGUGUUUUGUUAAAAAUGAAGCAAAAAAAGGAGCUACUUGGGUUUUGAGUGUUUUUUCAAGAACCCCAGUGGAGUAAAGCAGAAAUUUUGAAGUGGGUGUUCUUUGUUUUUUUGUUAAAAAUGAAGCAGAAAAAAGAGCUACCUCAUAGACCCAAGUUGCUGAAAUAUGUUCUAUUUGGGAUGAUUGUGUUCUUGGGUUUGGUUUGUCUAUAUAACUGUUCGUUUAUUGCUCCUGGUCUUCCUAUAGCACGUGACCAUUUGGUUCUUGACGAUGGUUCUGAUCCAGCUAAUGGGGUUUCUUAUCAUGGUCGUUUGGAUAUGGAUAUGGAAGAUCAAGAACUUGAAGUUCCUAAAAGUAUUCCUGUUUGUGAUACGAGGUAUUCGGAGUUGAUACCUUGUCUUGACAGAAAUUUGAUAUAUCAAUUGAGAUUGAAGCUCAAUUUGACUGUUAUGGAGCAUUAUGAGAGGCAUUGUCCUCCUCCUCAACGUCGUUACAACUGUCUUAUCCCUCCUCCAGCUGGUUACAAGAUCCCAAUUAGAUGGCCAGCUAGUAGAGACCAAGUGUGGAAAGCAAACAUACCUCAUACACAUCUUGCACAGGAAAAGUCGGACCAAAACUGGAUGGUUGUGGAUGGAGACAAAAUAAAAUUCCCUGGUGGAGGAACACAUUUCCAUUACGGAGCUGACAUAUACAUUGCAGCAAUUGCCGGGAUGCUCAAGUUGCCUGGUGAAAAACUCAGCAAUGGUGGAAACAUAAGAAAUGUUCUUGAUGUUGGCUGUGGUGUUGCGAGCUUUGGGGCAUAUCUUCUUUCCCAUGAUAUUAUAGCUAUGUCGCUUGCUCCUAAUGAUGUGCAUGAGAAUCAAAUACAGUUUGCAUUGGAAAGGGGAAUCCCAUCUACACUAGGAGUCUUGGGCACCAAAAGACUACCUUAUCCUAGCAGGUCAUUUGAGUUGGCACAUUGUUCACGGUGUAGAAUUGAUUGGCUCCAAAGAGAUGGAAUUCUUCUUUUGGAACUUGACAGAUUGCUCAGACCAGGUGGUUAUUUUGUGUACUCUUCACCUGAAGCUUAUGCGCAUGAUGCUGAGAAUCGAAGAAUUUGGAAUGCUAUGUAUGAUCUCUUGAGAAGAAUGUGUUGGAGAGUUGUUUCAAGGAGAGACCAAACUGUGAUAUGGGCUAAACCUCUGAGUAACAGCUGUUAUAUGAAGAGAAGUCGGGGGACCCAACCUCCAUUGUGCAUGUCUGGUGACGAGCCCGAUGAAUCUUGGAAUGUACCAAUGAAAGCUUGCAUCACUCCUUACUCACCGAAGGUGCAUAAGGAAAAAGGGACCGGGCUAGAACGUUGGCCACGGAGGCUUAUGGCUCCGCCUCCUCGCUUGGAGGAAAUUGGUGUCCCUUUGGAUGAAUUCCAUAAAGACACUAAUGUAUGGCAUGACAGAGUGGUUGACUACUGGAAGCAGAUGAAGUCUGUUAUCCUAAAGAACUCAGUCAGGAAUGUGAUGGACAUGAACUCAAACCUUGGUGGGUUUGCAGCUGCGCUAAAGGAUAAGGACAUUUGGGUGAUGAAUGUUGCUCCUGUUAAUAUGUCAUCAAGAUUAAAAAUAAUUUACGAUCGAGGCUUAAUUGGAACAGUUCAUGACUGGUGUGAAUCAUUUUCAACGUAUCCACGCACGUAUGACCUACUUCAUGCGUGGAUGAUCCUCUCGGAGACAGAAGAUCGAGGCUGCAGCAUCGAGGAUCUACUUAUUGAGAUGGACCGUAUGCUAAGGCCAGAAGGAUUCAUCAUUAUAAGGGACAAGCCCCAUAUAAUAAACUUCGUAAGAAAAUUCUUGACUGCACUAAAAUGGGAUGGAUGGUCAUCAGAGGUAGAACCACGGACUGAUGUUCUCUCCUUGAGCGAAGAAAGAAUUCUAAUGGCAAGAAAGAAGCUUUGGCACGAGACGUUUACAAUUUAGUGACAUUUGUUUUGGUAUGUAUUUUUUUAUUCGCGAAUGGACUCCUCGUUUCAUUCAUGGUCCCAUAAUGUAGCAGCAAGUCAUUACUAGGAACUGGCUAAGCCAUCCUCAUGGUCAAUGUGUGAUAUAUGUCUAAUUUAUCAAUGACAAUGUUGGUACUAUCAUUCAGUAGGUUUAACUGAUUUUUGGGUUGGAAAAUUCUGUGUUUCAGGAAUGAACGCUGGAUUCUGGAUAAGGUGGUGAACUCUGAUCUAUUGUUGGCUUUUAGAAC